UUCGUCGUCAGCUAUGUAUGCUUAUUCUAGACUCGCUUGGAAGUCGUUUGCUUCAUCUUCUGCCUCUCGUCUUAUUUGGAAACAACAUGAACAGCUUAUGGAUAUCUUUUCAUGUCGUUUAUUGCAGUCUUCUGCCAACGCUUCUUUAAAAGAGACUCUUGGAGAGAAGAUCCAGGAAAUGAGAGAAGAGGUCCAAGAGGUGAGACACGCGGUUGGAAAUCAAGUUCUUGGAACCUGCACUGUUGAUCAAGCUUAUGGUGGUAUGCGAUCAGUGAAAUGUAUGACUUAUGAAACUUCGUUGCUCGAUCCCAACGAAGGAAUUCGCUUUCGUGGUUACUCCAUCCCUGAUUGUCAAAAGUUACUGCCAGGCAUAAAGCAAGGAGGAGAACCCCUUCCAGAGUCUCUCUUAUGGCUUCUUCUCACUGGUGAAAUUCCGUCUGUUCAGCAAGUAGGUUCCCUUCGUGAAGAACUUUCUACUCGAGCGAACUUGCCGGAUCACGUCAAGAAAACCUUAAAUAGCGUCUCCACUUCGUUGCAUCCUAUGGCACAAUUUUCAAUUGGUAUUCUUGCUAUGCAGUCAGAUAGUGUUUUUGCAAAGGAAUAUGCACGAGGUGCACCAAAGAACAAAUUAUGGGAAUAUUGUUUAGAAGAUGCGUUGACUCUAAUAGCUAGACUACCUCAAGUUGCUGCAAUGGUUUAUAGAAAUACUUACCAUCAAGGAAAGCAGCUAGAAGCAGAUCUGAAGUUGGAUAUGUCCACAAGAUUGACCAAGUUGAUGGGCUUUCAGAAUCCUGAGUUUGAUGAAUUGAUGAGACUUUAUUUGACUAUUCAUGCCGAUCAUGAAGGUGGAAAUGUCUCAGCGCACUCAGUUCGUCUGGUUGGUUCAGCACUUUCGGAUCCUUUCUUGGCAUUUUCAGCAGGAAUGAAUGGUUUGGCCGGACCCUUACAUGGUUUGGCCAAUCAAAAUGUGCUUACAUGGUUACUGCAAGUAAAGGAAAAGUUGGGUGGUCAAAGUCCCACAAAAGAGAAUCUGACAAAGAUUUGUUGGGAAACUUUAAACUCAGGUAAUGUUAUUCCUGGGUUUGGCCAUGCAGUGUUGAGGAGAACCGAUCCUCGUUACUCCUGUCAACGAGAGUUUGCUUUGAAACACCUUCCAAAUGAUGAAAUUUUUCAACUUGUAUCUCUCUUAUAUGAAGUGGUCCCAAAAGUACUUACAGAACAGGGAAAAGUAAGCAAUCCUUGGCCAAACGUCGAUGCUCAUAGUGGAACCUUGUUACGUUACUAUGGAGUCAAAGAAAUGACUUUCUAUACUGUUCUUUUUGGUGUUAGUAGAGCUCUGGGAACUUUGUCAAGCUUAGUAUGGGACAGAGCGUUGGGUCUACCGAUCGAACGUCCAAAGAGUGUGACAACUCACUGGAUAA